AACAGGCCAUCUCGGAUAGUUUUAGAGAAAAACAAAUUAGUUGCACAAGAGGCUCUCCAAGCGUCUUAUUAAUUAUUUAUCUGUAGUUAGCGAGAAUGAACAAUGGCGCCUGUUCUAGGGGGGCCUGUAUUUCCGGAGGGGAGCCCUAGGAUAUCUAUUUAUAGAAAUACGUGAAACUAUUUUUGUAUUCUAUAUGCACCUGAGGGAUUGACCAUUUUUCUUCUGUUGCCGUGAUAAAAUUCGUAACAGGUAUAGAGUGUGCAACAGUCACUUCGAACUCGAUUGUUUCGACAAAAACCACGAGCUGAAACCAGGAUCAGUUCCGUCUUUAGACAUCCCGGAGUUCCGUACGAGAGUCUUCCUGUCAACCCUGGCUAUCUGCGAUCUCGUGACAUUGCCCCCUCCAUUGUUGACAGCCAGAUGUCUUUUUGACAGAUGCGCCGACAAGGCGAGGAAGAAACAGAAUGUUUAUCCGCUACCAAGCAGCUUCGAAAGUGUGGUGAAAUGGUUGGCAUCUUCUGGACAUCCGAACUGGAUAAGUACCUCGUUGGAAAAGACGCUUGAAAUAGUAUCGAAACAAAAAUUUGGAGUUUGCCCCGAUCACUUCACUGCCUACGACUAUAUCGACGCGUCGCUAAGUCAGCUUAUAAACACUGCUGUGCCAACCAGGAAAGGAGAUCGAGAAAUCCUGAUCAAUUAUGCAGUGGAGGUGAAGAACGUGGUCCCUCUGUCAUCUCCUGCAUCGAUGGUUCCGACAGUUCCAUCUGCUAACAGUAUGGUUAUUCUACUUCCGAGCAGUGCUCCUACCGGGCAAGCGGUACCAGUAUCAACUGUCCAAGCCCCAAUGACUGCUGCACUACCACUUCAGACUACAGGAACCACUGCACCACCGCUGCUACUUCCACCAACAGUACCAUUAGCACCGCAACUAGUACUUCCUGUGCCGCCGCAAAUGCCUGCUGCUCCCGGCAACAUGGUUCCAUUGUUAGUGUCAACUCAAGGAGAUACAAAGUUGAUGCUAGUGCCCCAAGAAGUGAUGAAAAACAAAGAUCCUACCACCCUGCAAAAAAUGGUGAUAGCUGCAACUAGCGUUCAAUCCCAGCCACAGGCGACAUCGACCCCUAGUGGUGCUAAAGUAAAUAUUUUGCCGAAACCGAUCAAUACUACGCCUAAAGCGAUUAAGAAGUCGCCUAAAAUACCCAUGCCGAAGAUCACGCCUGCCAUGCGCAGAGCCGCCGCAGCUGGUUUAUUACCAAGUUCUACCAUUGAUUUGACUGAAUCACAAGAAACAGAUGACAAAGGAACCGAAUCAUCGACUGAUUUGACCGAAACAUUGCAUAAAGAAGCUAUAGUAUCAACUGAUGGCUUUUUUGAUCCCUAUUCCCUUGGUAUGAGAAGGGGUUGCUGCUACGUUGGAUGCAAGGCUGAACCAUCUCCUCAAAAUCCAUUGUACACAUUCCCAGUUGAUCCAGAACGGCGCAAGGCAUGGCUGCGGGCCUGUGGUCGUGAUGAGUCUUUGGGUAGAGAAUGGCUUCAGAUUUGCAAAAGUCAUUUUUCGGACGAAAGUUUCCACGAAAUGGGUUAUAUGUUGCCAAAUGCUGUACCGCACCAAAAUCCAUUGAAAGCACCAACUAAAGUGUACCUUCUUCAGAACAAACAUGGUCAGCGUUAUACUGAAAUUGAGUUGACAUGUCCUAAACGGCGAGAAGAUGGCAUGUUUCCAUGCGCUGUUCUGAAAUGUCACAGCUGCUAUCAUAAAGAUAGCGAUGAAUACAAGAUGUAUCGAUUCCCGAAUCCUGAAGACGAACCAGAUAGAUUCCGAGCAUGGUACGAGUUGGUAUCUCACCCAACUCUGAGGUACAGUCACCAAGUGCUCUACGAAGAAUUCGUCGUGUGUGAGAGACAUUUUGAAAAAAUAUACUUCAAAAAUGGAGAAAAGUCGCAAGGGCUAUGUGACAUAGCAAUUCCUACUUGGAUGGUCCCUGGAAAGCGAUCACUUAAAAUUUUAGAUUAUUACAAGAAGACAGUGGAACCAUACCUUAAAGAUAUAGGAAAAGUCACUGUAGAGUUGGCCGAAUCAGAAGAAGUGAGCUUGGAAGAAAACUUAAAGACGGUAUGUGUCCUGGAGAAAGAUAGACUCAACUUCCUUGGUAUGGGUAGCUGCUUGAAGUUCACAAAACACGAAUUGAACAAACUCGGAUUCAGCAUGUACAAGAUGACCAAGAACGUGUAUGCAGCCAUUUACGACCUAGAAGAAGGCGAAAGCAUCAAGGUUCACACCGCAAUCAUCAUUGACGAUAAUGAUACGUGCGAAAAAGCAGUGCUUCGACAGAUUUUGGACUCUCACUUGGCCGAUGAACCUAAACCAGCUUUGGAACGCGCAUGAAAAAGAUUAAUUAUUUUGUGAUUAUAUGUUUAAAUAAGCUGAAUAAAUUUAAUUUCUUCUCUUUAA